UGGGAUGUUCACUGGGGACGGGCUUUUGACCCAUGGCCAAAUGUUGUUCGCGUGAGAGUUGGUUCGGCCGUGGGCGUGAGGUGGUGGUUGGCAAUCUGGGAGUGGGCAUGCCGUGGAUGUGGGAUGGCCGUGGUUGGCGAUGGCUCAUGGCCAUGCAGUGGUGGGCGAUGUGGUGGAUGGCAGCCGUGGCACAUGUGGCACUGGCUCUCCAUCUCUGGGUGGUCUGCAGUGGAUGGCUUGGUGACAUGGAGUGGUGCUGAUAUUCCUGCUCAGGCAAAGGCCCGGACCGUGAAAAACGUGACAGUCGCGGCAGGGAUGAUCGACGAGAACGGUCCAGGAGAGACAGGUCCCGUGAUUAUGAUCGUCGCCCUCGCAGCAAUGGCAGAGAUCGUAGCAGAAGGCGCGAUGACCGUGACCGUCGAGGAGGGAGGUACGACCGCCGGAGCCGGAGCCACAGCCCUCGCGCCUUCGGGCCCGGCGGCAGGGCGAGCGGCAAUUGGGGAGGAGACUGGGUCUGCGAGAAGUGUGACUGCAACAACUUUGCGCGCCGGGACGACUGCUUCAGAUGUAGCGCACGUCGGCCGCGCUGAGACACGGCCUGCGCCGAGCGCAAAACAGGCAGCGCGGUGGGAAUCCGCGGCGGAAAGAAGUGCAGGGUGCGUGGUCGUGGCAAGCAUGAAGGUGUCAAAAGGCCUUUUUGUCUGACAA